GUUCAGUAUGCACUUGAAAAGAAUGUUCAUCCGCUUAUCUAAUGAAGUGUUCUGACUGUGAGGAUAUGGGAAGUUGAAAAUCCAAAGAAGCAGAAAAGUGUGUUUAAACCACGGACAGUGCAGGGUAAAAAAGUCAUUCCUACUACGUGUACAUAUAGUAGAGAUGGAAGCCUCAUAGCAGCUGCCUGCCAGAAUGGAAGCAUACAGAUCUGGGAUCGAAAUUUGACUGUUCAUCCUAAAUUCCACUACAAACAAGCUCAUGACCCAGGCACAGACACUUCUUGUGUGGCUUUUUCCUAUGAUGGUAAUGUCCUUGCCUCUCGUGGAGGUGAUGAUACAUUAAAACUAUGGGACAUCCGGCAAUUUAAUAAGCCACUUUUUUCAGCCUCAGGUCUUCCCACCAUGUUCCCAAUGACUGACUGCUGUUUCAGUCCAGAUGAUAAACUCAUAGUCACCGGCACCUCUGUUCAAAGGGGAUGUGGCAACGGCAAACUUGUUUUCUUUGAGCGUAGGACUUUCCAAAGGGUGUAUGAAAUAGACAUUACAGAUGCGAGUGUAGUUCGCUGCCUGUGGCAUCCAAAGCUGAACCAGAUCAUGGUUGGAACUGGAAAUGGAUUAGCAAAAGUCUAUUAUGACCCCAACAAGAGUCAGAGGGGAGCAAAAUUAUGUGUGGUUAAAACCCAGCGGAAGGCAAAACAAGCCGAGACUCUAACCCAGGACUACAUCAUCACUCCUCAUGCAUUGCCUAUGUUCCGUGAGCCUCGUCAACGGAGUACAAGGAAACAACUGGAGAAGGACAGACUGGAUCCCCUGAAGUCACACAAACCUGAACCUCCUGUAGCAGGCCCAGGUCGUGGUGGCCGAGUUGGAACCCAUGGGGGUACAUUGUCAUCCUACAUUGUGAAAAACAUUGCUUUGGACAAGACUGAUGACAGUAAUCCUCGAGAAGCCAUUUUGCGUCAUGCCAAAGCAGCAGAAGACAACCCAUAUUGGGUUUCUCCAGCAUAUUCCAAGACGCAGCCCAAAACUAUGUUUGCCCAAGUUGAAUCUGAUGAUGAGGAAGCAAAGAAUGAACCGGAAUGGAAAAAACGUAAAAUUUGAAAAAUCUCAUUUGUGAGCUGUUUGCAUGAGGUGGGAGGGAAGCAGUGUUUUGUUUUGGUUUUGCCUAUGAAAUAAAAAAAUACAUUUUUGUGAA